AUGACAGCUGUGGUCAAUAUGGCUGCCAGUGAAUCUGAAGAAAUCGAUGUAGCGAAGGAGUUUAAUCUUCUCCCGAUAAUAUUCGAAACGAUUCAGGCACUGCAGAAGACAAACGAUCCCCAGGAGUUUACAAAGAAGGUUAAUGGUUUCCGUGCAAAGUUGCAACACUGCAGAGCAUUGUUAGACAAGAUACCUGGGAUAGAAAUGAGCUGUGAAGAGCAGAAGGAACUUUUAAUUAAGUGUAAAACCCAAUACACCGAAAAAUGUGAGCUGCUGAGAAAUUACAGAAAUCUACCAGUGUUUGCAGAAGCUUUUGUCAAGGAGACAAAAUAGUUAAAAUUUUUUGCUGUCAAAAAAACCAGUUGGAAGACACAGAGGUAAAAAAAAAACUGAGAAUGCCUUUGUGCUGUUGGAAAGAGACUUCAUUCCCUUGGAAUGAGAGAAAAUUCCUGCCUCUAGAGGUGGAGGUGGGGGUACCUGAUCAUUCUCUUUGUUAUCAGUUGGGGGAAUGUUUGCUUCACAAACUGUGAUUAACCCUGGUGUUUAUUAGACCAACCCUCAAUCAGACUGCACAGUCAACCUCUUAAUUGUAGACUUUCCAUUUUCACCAAUACUUUCACUCCUAAGCUUAUUCCAUAUGACAAACAGGUCUGAAAGAAAGGUCUUUCUGGAAAUCAGAUUGAAAUCACUUUCAAUAAAUUUUUGUCAAAAGUUAUAUAUUCUUAACUUUGAUCAAUUUCCCUUUUAAGCUUUGCCUUUUUUUAGAGUUUAACUAACAACCAAUGUUCUUCUUCAUUACUUUUAUUCACUCCAAAGAAAACAUUAUGUAAGUUGAAAUUGAUAGUACCACUGUGUUGACUGAGGAAGAAGUUAAUACAGAGACAAACUGAGGAACUAUGUAGAAUUUUCUCUUUUGAAAAGACGAUGUAAUAAUAACCAACUAUACUGAUCAUAUGUAGGUAUUGGUAACUUACUGCCAUUCUGCAAGCCCUAGAAACAUAUAUCUGUGUGCCUCCUUGAAUGUUUUGGGAAUGUCAUUCAUUUCACAAGUUUUUAUAAACAUCACUUUCUAUCAAAAAGGCAGAAGGAACAAGUCAUCAUGUUUUGUUAACUAAUAAAAUAUCUUUUGAAUUUUGCUCUU